GAAUACAGGUCUCACAGCUCUGUCUUACAGGCAAAUCAGAUUUUAGGAAGACAAAAUGAAAGGGCAACUGUAAAGCGAAAUGAAAUGAUUACCUCUCUGUAUUAGAUACAUAUGCAAUGAAUGUAGGGUGAAAUAACUUUCAUUUCAGAACAUGUCAACGUCACGCCUCUGUUUUGAGGGAAGAGUUUGCAAAUAGUCCAAAGGCGCCUCCUGUAAGACUAUACUGAGGGGGAACACCAACAAUCCAAGGAGAGCGUUUCCAUUAUCUUUUGGUUUUUAUGCUGUCAGAACCGGCCAUCCUGCAAUCCCACUACCUAAAACCCCUUGCUUGGGAAAUGAGUAGAAGACCACUCCCUUAGAAACAUGAUGUAAUUCACAAUAAACAGAAUCAGAUACUCUUAUCAUGGUCGUUAGCUAACAUUAGCUACGAAGCUAGGUUGCUUGGACAAUCCCUUCAACUUGCUUGCUGACAGGUUAGCUUACGACAGCUAACUUCGCUAUGUGAACUGAGCCCGGAAAGUGGCGAUAAAGAAAACUCCCUGCAACUCUCUGGUGUUGCAGGUUGCUCUCAUGUGCCCAUGGAGAAGGCGGCCUUUGAGGGGUGGCUGGAGUCAGUCUCCGCCGCUUUCCUUACUUUAAACGACCAGCAGCGCAACCAGUCUCUGGACCACCUCAUAUCUUUAAGUGGUGCCGUCCAGCUCCGUCAUCUGUCUAAUGGACUGGAAACGCUGCUCAAGCGCGACUUCCUGCGCCUCCUUCCUCUGGAGUUGGCCUUCUACCUGCUGCGCUGGCUGGAUCCCCAGACCCUGCUUACCUGCUGCCUGGUCUGCAAACAGUGGAAUAAGGUGAUAAGCUCGUGCACGGAGGUGUGGCAGGGUGUUUGUCGGGAGCUGGGCUGGAGGAUUGAUGAGUCCAUUCAAGAUGCAUCACACUGGAAGGGGGUGUACCUGAAGGCUAAACUGCGUAUGAUGCAGCUGAAGGAUCAGGAGGCCUUUGAGACGUCAUCCCUCAUUGGCCACAGUGCUCGAGUAUACGCCCUCUAUUAUAAAGAUGGCCUCCUCUGCACAGGAUCUGAUGACCUGUCUGCCAAAUUAUGGGAUGUACGCACUGGGCAAUGCAUUUAUGGAAUUCAGACACACACCUGUGCCACCGUGAAAUUUGAUGAACAGAAGCUAGUGACUGGGUCCUUUGACAACACCAUUGCAUGCUGGGAGUGGAGCACAGGAGCUAAAAUCCAGCAGUUCCGUGGCCACACAGGAGCAGUCUUCAGUGUGGACUACAAUGAUGAGCUGGACUUGCUGGUCAGCGGCUCUGCAGACUUCACUGUGAAGGUCUGGGCUCUGUCUGCUGGUGCCUGUCUCAACACUCUGACCGGCCACACUGAGUGGGUCACCAAGGUCAUACUACAGAAAAGUGAAGUAGAAUCUAUGGUGCAUAGUCCCGGUGAUUAUAUCCUCCUAAGUGCUGAUAAGUAUGAAAUUAAGGUGUGGCCUUUAGGGAGAGAAAUCAACUGUAAAUGUUUGAAAACGCUGUCGGUGUCAGAGGAUCGCAGCAUCAGCCUUCAGCCUCGCCUGCAGUUUGACGGACGCUACAUCGUCUGCAGCUCUGACCUCGGAGUUUAUCAGUGGGACUUUGCCAGUUUUGAGAUUCUCAGGGUGAUAAAAACGCAGGACCCAGCUAACCUGUCCCUGCUUAGCUUUGGCGAGGUGUUUGCGCUUCUUUUCGACAACAACUUCCUUUAUGUGAUGGACCUGAGGACAGAGGAUAUCUCGGGCCGCUGGCCUCUACCAGCAUACAGAAAAUCCAAACGAGGAUCCAGCUUCCUAGCCGGUGUGACUUCCUGGCUUAACGGCCUGGACGGGGGCAAUGACUCUGGACUGGUGUUUGCCACCAGCAUGCCUGACCAUAGCAUUCACUUAGUACUGUGGAAAGAGAAUGGAUAGAAGCAAACAAGAACUCCACUUCUCACACUGCUUGCGAGCCACAGUAAAAUGUACUCUGGAAUAUAUGAACAUGAACAGCCAAGAUAAAUCAUGCAUGGACCAAAGCAUUUUAUUUUUAUCUGUUUCUUCCUCAGCAUACAGUCCUCCCCUAAACAUAAACAUUCACAGAUGGAAAUGGAAGGCAAACUAAGAGAACUAAUGUAACGAUUGCUGACGUGCUGCACUCAGUGUUAGAUGAGCACUUGCUCCUGAUUUCCUCUGCAGAAACCUGUAAGCCUCUCAUUGUUUUUUUCUUUUUUAUCUUGGACAAAGUCGGAAACGGACUUUGUGAAAGCCAAAAACUAUGAAUACAAAAACUAGUUUCAAAGAUUCCAAAAUCAAAACAAUAUAGAAAGUCCCUUGUAAUAGACUUCAGCAUGGACGUGUUGAUGUUUUUGUCAGAUUAGCUCUUCGAUCACUUUGGCAUUGUGCUGUCAUAUUUGUAGUCAGUCUUUUAUCUAGUCUUUUUAAUUAUUCCAACUUUGCCCACUUACCUAUCAGGAUAAGACUAUGUCAAAUGUGCUGUAGCUAGGACAUGUCCAAUGCCAAGAUGGUCAUCGAUCUUAUUUGCCAAAACCAUGAUUUCCUUGUCGAAAAGUGAGAUUGCCUUAAACGCAGUUGUAAAUAAUGGAUAACAUCUCCUUUUAAUGUCAGGUUGUGACAUCAAGGGAGGUAUUCUUUGAGGUUUUUACAGACCAUCCCCAAGGAAGCUGUAUACUGUCUUGGUUGUUAAAAAGUGAUUUGGUACAUUGUCCUGUACCAUGUAAAACAUUGUGAGAUUUCAUGUAUUUCACUGAAUAUGCUUUUCUAAGGGAUGUCUGGUUUAAAUGUCAGCUUGAGAAAUGUGAUGUGCCUUUUCAGUUCAUUUGAUGUUACAGACUAGAAACCCUUGAUAACUUCGGCACAUUGCGGUAAUGUGAUGACUGCAUUGUAAAUCUUACUUUUACGUUGGAUUUUUCAAAUUAACUGUGCUCUAGCAGUAUAAGAUGUCUGUAAUUUUAUAGUUAUCUACCUGACAUGACUUUCUCAGUGAAUUGCUUUUAUGAAUCAUUGACUGUGUAAAACAUCAGGUUUAUUUUUCUAAAGGCCUCAGUGCAUUGCACAGCUGAGGGAGUGACUUGGCAAGGGGUCGGUUGGACAUGUAAUUACUAUUUUAGACUUUAAAGAAAAUAUGAAUUGGUGUUUUCCUGGUAUAACCAGAGAAACUAUGUGAAAUUGCACCUCAUUCUGUGCGUCGGUUUUAACAUCAUGUCUCAGCUUGGUUUUCUACUUCUUCAGCACUGAGUCUUCAAAACCAUAAAUGAGUGCUUUCUCCUGAAUUAUCAUUGAUGUCUUCCCUUACACUCGGCAGGCCACAGUUCAGCAUAGAUUGAAAUUUAUCCAUCUGCACCAAACCACAGUUAUGAUAGAUCAGUUUUUUUAUUGCAUACACAGCCGGAAACCUGUCUCUGAUAUGGAUAAUUGUAUACAGCAGAUGUACACACUGUUCUUAGUCUAGCUUUUUCAAAUCUAAUGAAAACACCACCAAUAUAAUGUAUUCUGUACUUCUGUCUAACCAUUGCACCACAUUAUAUCCUCCCAGCACUCAGUAAAAAUUGAAAAUACGGUAAUAUUAUUUGUAUAUAAAGUAAUACAUUGAAAUUGGCCAGCAGAAAUGUCAAAUGGUCAUUGAAGUUUUUGUUGAUGGUAAGAGUCAAUUGCCAUUGCAUUCAAUCUGUGCACAUUGUUAUAACUUCACAGAAUCGCCUGUUACACUGUCUUAGCUCUUUGGUCACUUGCAUCAGUCUACAAUCAGCUUCAAUAUUGCAGUCUUUCAAAUGAAUAAAAAUAGCGAAUACAACUA